AUGAGGACGAUUUUUCUUGCUGCCCUUCUUUGCUGUGGGGGUCGGGCUCUAGGGUCAUGUCCAGAUGACGCCAGUGAUUUAGUGAAAUGGUCUUCAAGUAUAACUGCAAGCAAAAAUGACAACAUUACAAUAUCUCAACCCACUCUCUUAGACGUGUCUCCCCCAGAAUUAUUUGGAAUCACCAUAGCCUCCGGGGGUAGGUUAGUGUGGAGCAGAAAAGGGGAUUUCAGUAUCCGGACCCAAUACAUCUGGAUACAGGGCGGGGGAGAGCUUCACAUCGGAAGCGAGGAGUGUCAGUUUGAUAGAAAAGCAAGGAUUACUUUAUUAGGCGAGCCUGGAGAGCUGAAUAUACCGUCUUUCGGGGAGAAGUUUAUUGGCGUGGAUCAAGGGGGAGUACUAGAACUGCACGGUAAAGAUAAACUUUCCUGGACCAAGCUGUCAGGUCACGCUCAAAAGGCACAGGAAGAAAUCUACAACCAUAGGGAAACCGAAAUAAGCUUCCAACCAGGAUUGUAUGUGUAUCACUUUAGGGAAGCUUUCCCCAGCGACUUUAACGUCAAUACCGACUCAGGGUUCGAAUAUGUAGGAAAAAUUCACAGAAGACUGAAUUUCCGCAGUCAAAGAAAAACUAAUGCUGCAAUUGUCGAAUUGAAAGACUUUAUUGAAGGAAUCCCAAAUGGAGACAUUUUUGCAAUUGCCACACAAAAGAACUUCUUCCGUAGGGACCUGUCGGCUCUCUAUGACGUCAUUGACGCACUGGGAAAUACAAACUCCUUCCGAAGAGUCCAAAAAGACGACGCCUACGUUGCUGUAGGAAAGAAAGGAUCCAGCUUUUUUGAAGACCACAAUUCAGACAUCUCAGAGGCCCAGUCUACUGAGGCUAAGGUUACAUAUACAGCUCCAGAAAGAGAACGAGAAAUUAUGGUAAUGUCAAAGAACCAUUUAAGGGAUGGCAAGAGUCGUACAGAAUUCAUGGUUCUAAACACACUGCAGACGAAACCCAUCAUCCAUGUUGUUGAUGACGUCAGCAGCUGGAAUGCUGGAGACAAGAUCUUUAUAACCUCCACUGAUUACGACUGGAGACAAGUUGAGGAGUUCACUAUCGUCCCCUGUACUUCUGUUGAAUGUUCAACUAACACCAUUCGUCUCGACCGUCCAUUUAAAAACGAUCACUAUGGUGAAAUUUACAAGCGGGUGGACAUGCGAGCUGAGGUCGGCUUGAUGACAAGACACAUCCUAAUAGACUCCGAGGUGUCAAAGGGCAACAGUAAUGGGGGUCACGUCAAGUUCAUAAAAGGAUUUGGGAGUGUUCGAGUAGAAGGUGUUGAACUAACAAAUCUAGGCCAACCUUUGAUUACAGGUCGCUACCCUCUCCACUAUCAUAUGUGUGAGGACCUUGCCGACACCUCCCUCUAUCCAGUCCGCUCUUACCUCAGAAUGAACUCCAUUCACCAUAGCCAGUUCAGAUGUGUCACAAUCCACGGAACUCAUAACUCAACGGUAACUGACAAUGUUUGCUAUGACACGGUGGGUCACGGAUUCUUUAUCGAGGACGGAGGAGAAAAAGACACGUACCUCCGGGGUAACCUUGGUCUGGGUCAACGUCGGUUUAGAGGAGACACCGUAUUAGACGUCACCGGAGCUAUUCCUACUGACACGAAGAAAGGUCCCGUUACAUUUUGGGUGACAAGCCCUAAAACGACUCUGAUCAACAAUGUGGCCGCGGGAGGAGAGGGAAUCGGAAUGUGGUUUGUUUACCCCGAUAUUCCCACAGGUCCAUCUCAUGACAAAAACUUUAUGGCGGAGAAAGAAGCACGCCGCACAAAGAUCACCAAAUAUCUCAACAAUGUGCAUCAUUCGUAUGUUGUGGCAGGACUGUUUGUGGACAAUAUUGAGCAACAGGACCUGACCGUAAAAGGCUACAACAAAUAUAACCCCCGACUGGUCCCCACGGACCCCUCCUCCCCCAGGGUACCGGCUGUCUUUGAAGGAAUAACAGCCUAUAAAAACCGAAUGCAAAAUGUUUGGAUUCGAGGAACACCAAUAAUUGUCAAAAAAUCAUCAUUUUCGGACAGUUUAUUUGGAGCUACUUUGAUCAAGGAAAGCAAUGUAUGGAUGGAAUUUACAGACAAUGUUGUGAUUGGUUACUCUGACAAUAUGGGUAAUCCAAUGAAUAGCGCCGCAAGAUCAUUCCCAUCAAGGCCUUCUAGACCAAUAGCUGGGUACAGGGUACACAAGGGUCCUGUCUACGUCAGAAACACGUGGUUUGGAGGGUUCGAGUCUACAGAUGUAUACAAUGCCUCAGCCAUUACCAACAGACAAUGUCCCCCAAAUGUUGAUCCACAAAACCAAGUCGAAAAUGUUCUCUUCGGUUUUGAUGAUACUCCAGGAAGCCGUUUCCACUUCACGGAUGGACGCAACUGUGACGAAAGAGAGGCGAUGUUCACCCUAAAAGAUGUGGGAAAUAGUCUUACCCAAGAACAAGGGACUUCAGACAUGACCCUUGUCACAAAUCACCCCUUCCACACCACUGGAGAAUGUAAACUGAGGAACUCGUGGGACAUGGCUUAUUGUCCGUACAACUACGGAGGGAUCAAAUUCAUGUAUCCUUCGGAUAAUGAUCUGAAUGUGUACAGAACUGAUGGCGGAUCAACAUUUCCAAUGAGAGACAUCACCAGCAAGACUUUUAUCACAAUCCUUGGCGAUGCAACUAGAACUUUCCAGUAUCUAGCCCUCAUUGAAGAUGGAAUGCCUGCCACUGUUGGAAUUCGUGGCGAGUCCAUCACAAAAUCAAAUUCAUUCGUAAUGGCGUUGUGUGUUCCAAGAGAUGCGAAAUUCACGUUCCGUUAUUCUAUCUCUAAAGUGGGCAGAAUUGGGACUGAGAAGGUGAACUCAAGAGAUGAGGUUUUAGCUGAUACCACGGGAGGAAAAUACUUCUUCGAUUCCAAUGUUGGAGUGAUCUUCUUCAAAAUGGUGAACGAUGUAGAUUUCGCUGAAGGGGAGAUGUCCUCUUGCCCCUCCAAACACUGUCCCUUCGCUUUCAUCAGGAUAGACAGUGGGAGUAUGACGGAUAGCGAUUGUUCCAGUAGAUUCUUCAGUCAGACAUCCGGGUCCUAUGUACAAGCCGAUCAGGGAAAUCCAAGUGUAGAAACCAACGUAAUCCCAGCUGAUUCUGAAUCCCCACCACAGACGAUGGGAGCAGGAUCAACUUAUCCAGGAACAGCUCAAUAAGAAAUCCAGAUUCAAAUUUUAUCCUAGUCUCCGUAGGCCAAACCUACAUUUUAUGUGUUCAGGGUAGAAGGAUUUUUGUAUUAAUACACUUUGUAUGUGUCUUCCAGAUGAAUUCCAUUUUUAUAUAUAUUGUUUUUACAUGCUUAUAUACAUGCAUAUGUUUUAUGGUUUCAUUUAUCAUUAUGUGUCGAAAACAUCAAUGGAUUUUUUUUUCAGAAAAAAUGGUGAAUGAAAUACUAGAUUAUAUUAGUAGAUAAAGAUAAAUAUAGUUUUCAUGGUUUGCUCAUUGAAAUGUAAUCUAAAAAUUUUAA